AUGCAGCUGUUCGAGCAGCUGACAUCGUACUUUGGCGUCAGCGGUGCUGUCGAUGGCAGCGGCCAGCUCGCCAGCCAACAGAUCGUCUUCGGCGCCAACAGCACAGCUCCCCCGCAAUCGCUAACGCAUCCAACACUGCCUCUUGGCUAUUCCCACCUGAACGCCGUGUCCAUCAACAACCACGCCUUCUCCGCCCUUCCAGGCGAGUGGACGCACGACAGCCUCCUGACGCCCUUCCACUCCUUCACCCCGUCCAAAUCCGCGUCCCCAUCGCCAGACCUCAGCUCCAUCCGCUCCGCACACUUCAUCGCCUUCGACCCCGCCUUCUUCACCUCCGUUCUCGGCGCCUCCGCCACACUCACCACCCUCCACUCCUUCACCAGCCCCGAUGACCAACACGUGCACGAAGCGCCCGUCUACCUGCCCGCAACCCACGAGCUGCUCUUCGCCGACACCUCGGUCAGCGGCUGGCUGUGGGCUCUCGACGUCUCCACGGCCGCGAUCCGCAAGAUCACCACGGCCCCACCCCUCAGCAACGUCAACGGCGGCACUUCGCGCUGCACCGCCGCCGGCCUGUGCACACUGUACCUCACUACCAACGGCGGGCACGCCCCCAGCAUCCACGCCUGCCCGCUCCCCGGAAACUUCAGCACCAGUACGUCAACGCUACAGUGCGGACCACUGCUCAACAAUUUCCGCUCCCGCAAGCUCAACUCGCCCAACGACCUGAUUUUCACGUCCGGAGGCGACGUCCUCUUCACGGACCCGGACUACGGCUGGGCGCAAGGCUGGCCAGGCGUCGGACCGCCGCAGCUGCCGAAUGGCGUGUACCGCUACAGCGUCGCGACGGGUGCCCUGUCGGUGCUGAGUGUUGGGACGGUGAAGAUGCCGAAUGGCCUGGCGCUGAGUCCGGACGAGCGGACGCUGUACGUGGCGGACAGUGGCAGUAUCCACGGCAGACCGAUCGCGGUGGAUGAGACGGCUGUGAGGGGCGUGUGGGCUUUUGACUUUGACGCUGCACCGGGCGGCGUUGGGGUUAAGGGUGGUGGUGGGGGGCGGGUGGUGCAUCUGGUGGAGAGUGGCUGGCCGGAUGGCGUGAGGGUCGGGCAGUCGGGUCUGUUGUUUGUGGCAGUGGUGGGUGGUGUGGAUGUCGUGGAUGUCGCGAGGGGGGGUGUGCUGCUGGGGAAGAUCAAUGUGGGCGAUGAUGUGAUUUACAACCUGGAGCCGGUUCAGCGUGGGGGAAAAGACGACGGCGUUUGGCUGCUGACGGGGAAGGCGGCCGUGUAUAAGGCUGUUAUUAAGGAGAAGGGGCGGGCGUUGUGA